AUGUCGCUGGCUGAAGAACUUGAACGAUUAUCCGGUGAAAAUGGAGCAAAAAAGGAGCUCAACGGUUGGCGACUCUCCAGUUCAGCUCCAGAACUUGGUGUACAACGAGCUCGCUUGGUAUCAAAGGACGGAAAGACUCUACUCAACAAUAUCCAAAUUCCGGAACGGUUUCGACAAGCAUACAAAAACUGGUUUCAUCUUAUCAUCGAAUGCAACUGGCGGACCAUUUGCAUUCUGUUUCUGCUCGGUUUCAUUGUGUCGUGGACGAUUUUCGCGGUGAUCUACUAUGUGAUUUCUAGAUUGAAGACGGUUAAGAAGGAUGAAGCGUGCAUCGCCAACGUCGACAAUCUUAUCAGUGCCUUCCUGUUCAGUAUGGAAUCCCAACACACGAUCGGAUAUGGUCUUCGGUAUAUGACGGAUCUGUGCCCUCCUGCAUAUCUAACACUUUGUGUCCAAUGUGUGGUCGGAGUGUUUCUUCAAACAAUACUAGCUGGUAUCGUUAUCGCCAAAAUCUUGCGACCGAAGAAAAGGCGACAGGAAAUGCGUUUCUCUCGUAUGGCAGUUAUUGGUCCACUCGAUGAGCAUGACAAACGACCGACUCUUAUGAUAAGACUCGCUGAUAUUCAAGAAAAACUGUUUUUGGCCGAGUCCCAUGUUCGGCUCUACAUGGCUUGCUCCAAAAUUAAUAGUCGAGGAGACCGGGAACUGAUCGGAGUGAAGGAUAUGAAUGUUGGUUAUGACAGUGGAUGGGAUCGUGUUCUCCUCUUAUGGCCUAUUAUUGUCCGCCACGUCAUCAACGAGGACAGCCCGCUUUAUGGAAUGUCGCGGGAUAAUAUUGCGAAAGCCGAUUUCGAACUUAUUAUGACUGUGGAAGGAAUCGUGGAGGCUACUGGUAUGACUUUCCAAGCAAGGACGUCAUUCUUACCAGAUGAGAUUCUGUGGGGCUAUAAAUUCAAACCAAUGGUGUUGAUGAAUGAGAAGCUAUCUAAAUAUGAAGUUCAUUAUUCACUUUUUGAUCAAACUGAAAGAGUCUGCGAUUUCGAUGCUCAAACCAUAGAAACCGAAGAAACUGAAGAUGAGCACCACCACAAUGCAUCUGGUUUCUUAUAA